AUGGCGAACCAGAAAGCCGAUCAGGUCGACAUCGAUCCAGAUGGAGAUGUCAUCUUCAUAUGCACCCUUCGCAAAAUUUCGCCUUUGCGCCUCCGGGUGUCAUCCAAGGUCGUCAGCCUCGCCUCGCCGGUAUUGAAAGCGAUGCUCAGUCCGCACUUUCGAGAAGGUACUACGUUGGCGACGGCGUCAUAUGUGGAGAUCGAGUUGCCAGAAGAUGAUGCGAAGACCAUGAAAACGCUGUUCCUCAUCAUGCAUUCAAAGAACGACCGCUUGGGCUCUAUGGUGAAUCUCAAGGUCCUGGCAGAGACCGUGGACAAGUAUGACUGUGUGGCUGCUGUCGGAACAGCAGCUUACUAUUGGAUAUCGAAAGCUAUGGAAAAUGCAGAUGAGGACGACCUUCAAGAUUUACUCCACUAUGCCUAUCUGCUGCGUCAGCACGAGCUUUUUGCUACGAUUGCCAGGCGUCUCGUGUGUUACAACCAGUCCCCCAUCUUAGGCAAGCCGGGCGUUCUGACUGAUGUGUACUGUAAGUAUACUGAGACUUGCUUUUCGAAUACUUUGCUGACUUAA